CCUGAGGAUGGGAAGCUCACUGAGGAGGAAGCCAGGAAGUGUUUGUUCAACCUGGGCAGAUCAGCGCGGGGGCUGGAGCACGCGUACCUCUGUCUCUCUGUCCCUGGCCGAGACCUGAGAGACGUGUCCAUUCUGUGCAGCUACAUCUACCUGCAGAAACUGGAGCUUCCAUUCAACAAGAUAAAAGAUCUAUCCUGUGUGAGCCAUAUGCCAUACCUCAUCACGCUGGACGCUUCUCAUAACGAAAUCACCGACUUCUUUGGGUUCGAGCCACCGAAAAACCUCAAGGAAGUGAACUUUUCCCACAAUCGGAUGUCGGCCAUGAAGGACCUGUCGGCUUACCCAUCUCUGCGGAGACUGCACCUGGAUCACAACGACUUCCACGAAAUUCGGGGUCUGGAGAACUGUGUGAGCCUCACGUACCUCAGCCUGGCUCAUAACAGGAUCUCGAGCAUCGAAGGGCUGGGGGACGUUCCCCUCAAGGAGAUCUCAUUGAGAGGCAACCAGAUCCAACGGAUAGAGAACGUCAGGCAGCUGCGGACCCUGCAGAGUUUCGACUUGGCUUUUAACAAGAUCCGGAGUCUCUCUGGUCUCGAGAACCUGGACCUCCUGGGAACGAUCGACCUGGAGGGGAACCAGGUCACCGAAAUCAAGGAAGUGUCUCAUCUCCAUGACCUGCCCCUGCUGCGCACACUUAACCUGCAGCAGAACCCGGUCCAGGAUGAGCCCGAUUACCGGCUGGCUGUCAUCUUCCUCCUUCAGAGGCUCACCAGCCUGGACCAGCGGGAGGUGACAGUGGAGGAGAAGGUGUCCGCCGUGAACAAGUACGACCCCCCGGUGGAGGUGACCGCGGCCAGGGACCACAUGACCCACCUGGUGUACCAGCUGACGCAGCCGCAGGUUCUCUUCGACAGCACUCUGCCGAGUCUGGACACCCCCUACCCCAUGCUGGUGCUCACGGGGCCCCAGGCCUGCGGCAAGAGGGAGUUGGCUCACAAGCUGUGCCGCGACUUCUGCGACUUCUUUGCCUACGGAGCCUGCCACACGACCAGGAGUCCCUACUUUGGGGAGGUGGACAGGUGUGACUAUCACUUUGUCUCCGAGGAGGAUUUCCAGCACAUGACCCGCUCGGGUAAAUUCAUAGAGACGCUGCGGUACGGAGGACACCUGUACGGCCUAUCGCGGGAGGCCAUUGAAGGCGCGGCCAGGGAUGGCCUGGCCUGUUGCGUGCACAUGGAGCUGGAGGGAGUCUACAGCCUCAAGAACACCUAUUUGGAACCGCGCUACGUGCUGCUGGUGCCUACGGACAGCGAGGCCUACGCUCGUCGCAUGCGGCAGAGAGGUCUGUACAGUCCCAGCCAGAUCGACGCCGCCGUGGGCCGCGUGGACUUCUACGUCCACGUCCACCGAGAGCGACCGGGGUUCUUCGACAACACCAUCCCGUGCGAUGACCUUGAGGAGGCCUACAGAGCGCUCAGCCAGGUGGUGAGGGAGUACCUGGGCCUGGAGGAGCAAGCAGGAAGGGGCGGUGUGAGCGCCACGCCAGACACCACCCGCUCAGGUGAUUCGCUGGUGGCGUUCUGGGCGAAGACCCCCUCGGAGCAGCACAACAGGAUGCCGAUGAGGUUGGCGCCUCAGAGGAGCCCUGCGGAAACGGCCUCUAUCCAGAGACGGCAGCAGCGAGCGCAGGAAGCGUUAACUGGGCGGAGUCCUGGCGUCUUCUCCCAACUCUUCCUCAGACACUCCCUCACUGCUCCGGCUGCAGUGGACGUCCAGACCUCCAGCGUCGCUCUCCAGCACCCCAGCGAGGACAGGUGUGUGACACCCGCGAACUGGCUGUUGUGUGGACCUCUGCAGGAUCGCAACACACACCUCCCCAGCCCUCGGGAAUCCCGCGCCAGUUCUGGCCCGUCCACACGCUCCUCAGCCUGGCUUUGCUCUCCGGCAGAUUCAGCCGGGAACUCGGAUGCGGGGGAGGGGAUGAGAGCCGUCCCGCCGCUGGGGGAGGAGCUGAAGGGUGUCGGGGACUCGGGCGACACACCAGGCACAGGAACCCUCACUGGCAGACCUGGCUCUGACGCCAAACCUGUGCUGCCACCCAUUCCAUCCGGACGUAGGACCAAUGAGCAGCCGAGCCCCUGUUGACUGGCGGGAAAAGGAAGCUGCUGUACACACACACACACACUACAAGGGGUCCUCGACUUUCGAUGUGUGUCUUAUGACAACGUGGACUUAUGAUUAUAAUCACAGUCCCAUCAACUUCAUGAUAUUGUUUGACUUGCGGUGUUUGGUUGUAACAUCUACCAAUGACCGCUCCAUCUGCUGGAUACACUGCUGCAAGGCAUCAUACUUCUUAGUGGCCCUCAGUCAGUCAGCGUGUCUGUCGGCGAUUGUUUUAUUUGCAG